CGCUGAGUGAGCGUCAGAGCGCGGAUCGUCCUCUGUGUCGGCGAGGCGUGCGGUUCCCUGUCACAGAUUCACUUCAACGCUGCUCGCGUUUGAUUUUCUGCCCAACUCCCAGCAAGCUAAAAAAGCUCUCGAGCUCGGACCCAACAUGGGUUAGAAAGAAAAGCGACCUAUGGAUUAUCCACUUUGUGCACUUCGCCGAGGAUGAUGGGGGGGAGAGAAACGGACUUGUUUUCGCAGAGACAUCCUGACAAAGACGGGGACUGAGAGGGAAACGAGAUUGGGAUUCGCUGCUUCUCUCUGUCUCGCUUCGCAUCUUUGUCUCCUUUUUUUUUAUCAUUUAUAUUGUGUAUUUUUUUUUUUCUUCAUUUUUAAUUUUUUUUUUCUCAUUUCCCUGCGUGUGUGCGAGACAGAGAAAUGUUUGCAGAAUUGCUGUGCAGCGCCGUGGCUCUGGUCCUGUAUGUCAACACUCUGGGCGCCGAUUUCUGCUACGAUGACAGCCGUGCAAUCAAGACUAACCAGGACCUGCUUCCAGAGACCCCUUGGACAAAUAUCUUUUACGAUGACUUCUGGGGCACCUUGCUCACACACAGUGGCAGCCAUAAGUCUUACCGGCCCCUCUGCACCCUCUCCUUCCGCCUCAACCACGCUGUGGGUGGGCUGGAGCCCUGGGGUUACCACCUGGUUAACGUGGCUCUCCACGGGGCUGUGACAGGCCUCUUUACCUCCCUGGCUCGCCUGCUGCUUGGAGGAGGCCUGUGGAGCCUGCUGGCCGGCCUGCUAUUCGCAUCUCACCCAAUCCACACCGAGGCGGUGGCGGGCGUGGUGGGCCGGGCGGAUGAAGGGGCCGCCCUGUUCUUCUUGCUGUCCCUGCUGUGCUACAUGCGCCACUGUGGGCUGCGGGGCCACGCCGGGCCCUGGCGUCUCGUGGCCUGGUUCCUGGGCAGCCUGGGCUGCGCUGCAUGCAGCAUGCUGUGGAAGGAACUCGGCGUGACCGUCCUGGCUGUAUCGGCGCUGUACGACGUCUGCGUUUUCCACAAGCUCAAGUUGCGACAGGUCAUCAUGCUCCUUUACAAGAGAAAGAACGUCCACCUGCUGCUGAAUGUGUUCCUGCUGGCAGCCUGGGGAGCCGUCCUGUUGGCCUGCCGCUUCUACUGGAUGGGCAACAAACCCCCCAACUUCUCCAACUCCGACAACCCGGCGGCCGACUCGCCCUCGCUCCUCACAAGGAUGCUAACCUUUUCCCACCUGCCUGCGGUCAACUUUUGGCUUCUCCUUUGCCCGGACACGCUCAGCUUUGAUUGGUCAAUGGACGCCCUGCCUUUGAUCAGGAGCCUUGCGGAUUGGAGGAACCUUCACACAGCAGUCUUCUACCUUGGAUUGCUCUUGCUGGCUUGGUUCAGCCUGUGGACGCACCAGACGGCUAAGGGCAAGGAGACCAAUGGCAAAGUGCAUCCUUACACCAAUGGCAGAAACGGGAACAGUAAUGGACACAGUUACCCGUAUAACAAUCAUGAACAUAAGAACAAUUCCCACACAGACGCUCACAUUAAUAAUGCACAGAAUGGUGCCAAUAAGCACUAUGAGAGCAGGACUCCACUGCCCACCACUGAAAAUAUCGUGGUGUUCUCUCUAGGCCUGUUGGCUAUCCCUUUUCUCCCUGCCACAAACUUGUUUUUUUAUGUCGGUUUUGUGAUAGCAGAGAGAGUAUUAUAUAUUCCCAGCAUGGGCUUUUGCCUUCUGGUGGCAGUGGGGAUGAGAUCUCUGUACGUCCGUCUGCGACGCAGGUCCUCCAGGGCGAUGUUGGUGUACUGCAGCGCUGCCGUAGUUCUUCUUUUCAGUGUCAAAACUGUUUUAAGGAACCGGGACUGGCAGAAUGAGGAGAUGCUCUACAAGUCAGGGAUUUAUGUCAAUCCUGCUAAAGCUUGGGGCAACCUUGGAAAUGUCCUGAAGAGCCAGGGCGAGAUGGAGGAAGCUGAACAGGCGUACAGAAAUGCCCUGUAUUACCGCAGCAACAUGGCUGACAUGCUCUAUAACCUCGGUUUGCUGCUACAGGAGAGCAACAAGUUCUCCGAGGCACUCCACUACUAUAAGCUGGCCAUUGGGAGUCGGCCAACUCUGGCUUCGGCCUACUUGAAUACGGGCAUCAUCCUGAUGAAUCAGGGUCGCCUAGAUGAGUCCAAGCGCACCUUUCUGACUUGCGCUGACAUCCCGGAUGAGAACCUGAAGGACCCCCACGCCCACAAGAGCUCCGUCACCAGCUGCUUGUACAACCUGGGCAAGCUGCUCCAUGAACAGGGACACCAGGAGGAGGCCCUCACAGUGUUUAAAGAAGCAAUACAGAAAAUGCCAAGACAAUUUGCACCACAGAGCCUCUACAACAUGAUGGGAGAGGCCUACAUAAGACUGAACAAGCUGACUGAUGCUGAACACUGGUACCGAGAGUCCCUGCGAGCCAAGCCGGACCACAUUCCUGCACACCUCACCUAUGGCAAACUCCUGGCUAUGACGGGGCAGAAAACAGAAGCGGAGAGGUACUUCCUGAAGGCCAUCCAACUUGAUCCCGCAAAAGGCAACUGCUACAUGCAUUAUGGUCAGUUUUUGUUGGAAGAGUCACGGCUGCUGGAAGCGGCGGAGAUGGCCGAGAAAGCCGCGCGCCUCGACAGCGGGGAGUUCGACGUGGUCUUCAGUGCAGCCCACAUGCUCAGACAAGCCAGCCUAAACGAGGCAGCCGAGAAGUAUUACGGACAAGCGGCGAGCCUGAGACCCAACUAUCCUGCCGCCUUGAUGAACCUGGGGGCCAUCCUCCACCUCAACGGGAAGCUGCAAGAAGCUGAAGCCAAUUACCUCCGAGCACUUCAACUGAAACCGGAUGACACCAUCACCCAGUCCAACUUGCGUAAGCUGUGGAACAUAAUGGAGAAACAGGGCCUGAGGACCAGCAGCCCCUGAGCCCACCCUGCCCACCUAUACCUGCCAUCUGUACGCCAGACCUGGGGGAAAAGGACGGCAUACACGCUCCUCUUUUUCUCUUCUCAUCCAGGAAGGUUGGGAGAAACUCAGGGAGGAUGUUUGCUCAGAGAGGCCAUGACUGUGCCGCACAGCCCUCCUAAUAACUGCCUGAGCUCUGCAUACACCCCAGGCCAGCAGCUUUCUGAGAAGCAUUGCUCACUGUUUGGCAGGCGCUGCGUGGUAUUUGGACUCUUUAGAACUCUCACAGGAACCACAUGUUUGUUUGUUUUCUUUUUAUUUCUUUUAUAACUAGAGCACUUGAACUUGAAGUGAGACCAUAGGUACAUCCUUCAGCAUUUGUGAUGAAUUAUUUUUUUUAUUUUAUUUUUUUAAAUAAGCAAUUGCAGUUGAAAGGGGUGAAAUUUGUCCCCAAGCAGUGUGAGAUGAAGAGAGAAAAGAAUCUCAGAGCAUUGCACUGAGGGUAUUUUCCAUCAUCGUUUAUUAAAGUUCUUGGUUUGAUCUGAUGUUCCAUCUUGAUAAUGACAAAAAAAAGGCAAUAUGAAGAACUGGAUGCCAUCCAAAAUCACCAAAUUAAGUUAAAAUCACAAAAAAAAACGUCCUCAAUGGGUCACACACAUAAGAUUACACACAUGAUCACAUCAUGAAGAUAUGAAAAAUUAGCAUCAUCACUGCAAACAAGCAUUUGUGACAGUCCUGAUAUUUGGUGAAAACUUGAAAAGGGGAAUUUAAUUUGGUAGCCAUAACAGCACAAUAGCCUCUAAAAGCUCCACAAAGGCUGGACUUUGUCAAAUAUAGUAUGUUUUGACAAAAAUAACUGAAAAGCAAAGAAAGUGAGACUUUGUAAUGCCUUUUAUAAUAAAAGGUAGGAAUCUUCUCUAGCAGUGUACAGUAGCAUACAGGUGGCAUUUAUACCACUACUGCUUUUUUAUUCUGCACUGGCAAGGAAGCCAAGUCUCCAUGGUUGCUUACAAACUUGUUUGUUGGCAAACAGUAAGAAGCUAUGAACGGAAAUAACAAGAUAGCAGGUACAGUAGUUUUUGGGUGCACGUUUCCCCACACGCCUGAAGCUUUUACGAAACAAGUGUGCGGAGCUGAAACCGAUGAAAGAGUUCUUCUAACCAAAUACUAAAGCUAUGCCGAUGCACGACAUUUCAUCACAGAACAAUUGCACGGACAUCGUCUGAGGGAAAUGUUUUAAUGCCUAUGUUUUUGUUGGAAUAAAACUAAUUUCAUUGUGUUUUGUAUAAAUGAAUCCUAAUAUAUACCUAUGUAGUGUAUAGUAUACAGAAAAUCUUGCAGCAAAAAAAUAGCCAGACUUAAAGUGGAAGCUCAGAUACUGAGCGAGUUUGGUUUGUUACAUGAAAUAUUUCCCAUAUUGUCAAAACUCAUUUUGUAUAUAUUCGGAGUAAUUAACAUCUAUGUGUUUUUGUUUUUGUUGUUGUCCGCAUACAGUAAGUGAAACGGCACCUUGCGGGAAGUAAGAAUAUGUACAGUAUUUGUGAUCGUUUGUUUGUUAUUGGCCACAAACCUCCUGGACUACCUGUGUCCUUAGUUUAUACAUCGUAAGUUAUUGCUUUGUGUUACCUUAGCAACAGAACCAGCUGGCACUGUGUUUUUACUUGUAAAAUGAAGGAAUGUGAUGUGUUUGUGGUCAUUGCUGAGAAAAAAAUCUCCAAAUGCAGUUGAGUGGCUCAUUAUUGGUAAGCACCUACAAUGGAGGAUAAAAACGUUGAAUAGAUACAGUAUGUCACUUGUUGCAGUCACAAUGUUUUUAACACUGUUCUGUUUUUGACUGUGAUGGUCACUAGUGAUACGUUCAGUAAGAUAAUCACAAUUCACCUGACACAGCCCGUAAAGCGCUCGCUAAGUUCUCCUGUGUAUACAAAGUGUUCAUGAAGAAACAGAUUAUUGUUAUUGCUCGAGUGAAGAUGUAAAAAAAAAAAAGAAAAAAAAGUUUUCACUCUGUGUCUCUGCUCAGGGAUCUCAAGCUGUGGGUUAUUGCAGAAACUUGUUCACAGAGCGUUUUACUAAAUUAAAGAUUUAUUUUUGAACGUUGUCGUAUUUGUAUGAAUUAUCGAGAUUUGUAGCCUUUUUCUCCUUUUUGUAAUAUAACGAUGAACAAUGUGCCAGAAUAGACCUUUUUUUUUCAUUUUUUUUUCUUCCCAA